AUGAAGGUCUUAUUACUUUGUAUCUUUUUCUUAUACUAUGUUAAUGCCUUUAAGAAUACAUUGAAAGAUGGUGUGUCAUUUAAAGUUUGUAAGAGAAGAAAAAGUGACGUAAACUUUAGAAACAAAAAAAAUGACAGUAGUAUCCUAAGAAGAAAUACAAUGAAUUCAUUAAAAAGUACUUUUGAUGAUAUUAAAAAGAUUACAUCUAAACAACUCUCAGUAGAAGAAGACAAAAUAAAAUUAGAAUCAAGUUUUACGAAAGAUUUAGGAGCAGAUAGCUUAGAUUUAGUUGAAUUAAUAAUGGCAUUAGAAGAAAAAUUUAAUAUCACAAUUUCUGAUGCAGAUGCAUUAAAAAUUAAUACUGUUCAAGAUGCUAUUGAUUUUAUUGAGAAAAAUAAAAAAUAA